AUGCAUCUGGCUUACACCAACUAUAGUGUCGAUGAUUCGCACCCCCUCCUUGAGGAUGAAAUUGAAGUAAGGCCUGCAGACACUGGUUCAACAGAACGACCGAAUGGUUCGUUGCCAAACCGUUCUCGGAGAUCUGCUGAAGGCAAAGUUCCAAGUGUUUGGCGAACUUUCAGCUUCCGCACGUUAUGGGCGUAUACUGGUCCUGGCUUCCUAAUGAGCAUCGCAUAUUUAGAUCCCGGUAAUAUAGAGUCAGAUUUACAAAGUGGUGCCGUGGCAAAUUAUCGCUUGCUGUGGCUCCUCUUUCUGGCAACAGUAAUGGGACUGGUCAUGCAACGAUUAGCGGCUCGUAUUGGAGUCGUAACCGGAAAGCACUUGGCCGAAGUAUGCUAUGAAAAUUACCCCAAACCUGCCCGCAUUAUUCUCUGGCUGAUGAUUGAAAUCGCCAUUAUCGGAUCCGACAUGCAAGAGGUCAUCGGCACUUCUAUCGCAAUCAAUCUUCUUAGUAUGGGGAAGGUACCCCUUUGGGGUGGUGUCCUUAUUACCAUUUUGGAUACGCUUACCUUUCUGCUCAUUGAUAACUACGGUCUUCGUAAAUUGGAGCUAUUUUUCGGACUUCUUAUCUCCAUAAUGGCUAUAACCUUCGGAUAUGAGUACGUAGUAGUCGCACCGAACCAGGCAAAGGUGCUUAAGGGAUUUUUCGUGCCUUCCUGUACCAAUUGCGGCUGGCCAGAGCUAGAGCAGGCAGUCGGCAUAAUCGGGGCCAUUAUUAUGCCACAUAACUUCUAUCUUCAUUCUGCCUUGGUGAAAUCUCGCGAUGUUAAUCGAAAGGUCAAUCGUUCGAUUGCGAUCGCGAAUUUCUACUUCUUUAUCGAGGCCUGUGUCGCUCUUAGCAUAUCUCUCGUAAUCAAUGUCUUUGUUGUCGCCGUUUUCAGUGAGGGAUUCUACGGCAAGAAUAUCAUAGAAGUUAUUAACAACUGCUCUGCGUGGCAGAAAAUACCCGAGCCCUUCCUUGAAACCGCAAGAAAGUUCGAUGCCACCCAAGUCGACCUCUAUUUGGGAGGCGUCUUUCUGGGCUGUGAGUUCGGAAUCGUAGCGCUCUACGUGUGGGCGGUGGGUCUGCUGGCGGCUGGUCAGUCAUCUACCAUGACCGGCACAUAUGCCGGUCAAUAUGCAAUGGAGGGAUUUCUCAAUCUGCGGUGGAAAAAGUGGCAGCAGCUUCUUGUUACCCGCUCUAUCGCCAUUUUGCCCACUCUCCUUAUCACGUUUUUCGAAGGUAUCGAAAAUCUGACGGAGAUGAAUGAUUUACUCAAUGUGCUAAUGAGCAUCCAACUGCCCUUUGCUGUAAUUCCACUGCUUACCUUUACAAACUCAAAGGUAAUCAUGGGACCGUUUGUCAACUCACUGCCCUCGAAGGUGAUAUCCACACUGAUCUCAUUGGUUGUGAUUGGGGUCAAUUUCUUCUUCGUGGUGAUAUUUUUCGAAGCGCGUCUAACGAACCACCCUGCUGCCUAUAUCGGGGUUGGUGCCAUCUUUAGCCUCUAUCUCGCCUUCAUCGCCUACUUGAAAUUUAUUAUCCAGAAGGACCCCACAAUCGAGCGCGUUCCCUUGGAAACAUAUGCACCCGUCACGGCUGAUGCUAAGAGUCCUGUCGAUGAACUGGAGGAUGAAAUUCCCGUUCAACCGGAUGGUGGAGGCCGAACGGCUGGCGAUGAGGACAUACUAGAGAAAAUCAAAAAACGCUAUGGCGACCAGAUUUUUAUUGAUGAGAAUAUAUUCCGCAAUUUCCUUGCGCUUCGAACGGAAUGCUGCAAAUAUCCGAAUGAUGAGAAGUCUCUGACUGCUAUAAAACGAUAUUACGCGCAGUUAUUACUGCUGAAGAACAGAGUUGAUCUUUCCGCUCCGAAAUUGGUUGAUUGGCCCUGGCAAGACGCCUUUCAUCAAACACAAUUCGUUCGAUCCGAAGUAACCUACGAGGAGGCCGCCAUUCUCUAUUGUCUGGGGGCUGCGUAUUCACUUCUUGGUCGAAAAGAAUCGCGUGCUGAUGCAGGUAGCAUGAAAGUUGCUUGUACCCACUUCCAGUGUGCGGCCUGGGUUUUUCAAGCCUUGCGUGAGCGAUAUGGGUCAUUCACUGCUGCUGAUGAUAUGUCUGGCGAUCUGUUUCACAUCUACAGUCUUAUUUCUUUGGCAAGUAACCAGGCCCAGGAAUGCAUAGUGGAGAAGUCAAUUACAGACAAUAGGCCGCCCAAUAUCACCGCGAAGCUGUCCAAGUGCCUGGCCGAAUCCUACGGUCGGUGCCUCUCCAUGGUGAACUCUCUCGGUGAUAACGUGCCUCUCAGAUUUCGCAAGGACUGGACGCGAAUCUUAUCGAUAAAGAAGUCCUACUACGCCAGUCUGGUCGAUUUCUUUUUGGCCAGUGACAAUGCGGCUGAGAUGAAGUUUGGCAUCUCUGUGGCUCACUUUAAGUUGGCCCAAUCGAGUAUUGAGGACGCUUGGCGUGUUGCCAAGACUCUCACGGAUGCCAUGGAACCGCAAAUGGCCCAGGGAAUGAUUAAUACUAUCCAAAUUGUUCGUGAAAUCAUUGUCAAUGGCGCUGUUAAGGAUAACAGCCAAAUCUACCAUGAACGCGUGCCCCCACUUGAGGAUCUUGAGAAAAUAGAGGAAAGAAGUAGUGCGGUUCAAAUAAACUGCCCAUUGAUCGUAGCCCUUGAUAAUGUCAUUUCAGGUGCCUGUUUGGCCAAACCAUCAGCUUUUGAUCACACCGAUCCUGCCGUUAUCGGUGAGGAUAUCUUCAAGGAUCUACUACCAAUUGAAACACUGGAAGCCAGUUCUGUAUACAGUGAGAUGAAGGCUGACUUUCUCCGAAAUAUUUUGACUGAAGUGGAGAAGAAGGAUUCGGAACUAGGUUCUCUCCUUUCGAGCCUUAAUCUGGACCCCAAGGAGCUGCUCAAACCGGAUUUGGGUCUGCCGCAAGCGCUACUUGACCACUGCGCCAAAUUCAAUGCCUUGGAUCGGUCACCAGAGAGUGAACUCUCCGCUCAAAUGUCUGCUCUGGUCGAUGUGAGUGUUGAUGUGGAGGCUGAUUUGGAGGAACUCUCCACCGAGAUUCAAGUAACUCAAGAGCGUCUCAACGGAGUCCUACCCAUAGCCCCGGCCUCCAAGACGGACCCGGUGAAGGAGAAACUGACCAAGGUGGCUGAGCGGCAGGAGAAAUUUGCCCUUGCGGUGAGCGAAGCCAAAGACUCCAACACACGAUUACACGAGGCCCUUACGGGAAAUCUGAAGGCUUUACACACUCUCACCCUCAUGCCGGAUGAAAUCGAAGCCGGCUUACCCAACGCAAAUGACCUUAUCACAGACACGAAAUUGCUGGAGGGCCUAGAUGAAGCCGCACGAAUUCUCUCAAAGGUGGAGGAGAUGCGAGCACAGCGAACUAAGAUGCUGGAGGAUCUGCGAAGUGCUCUGCAGGCGGACGAUGCGACACAAGAACUCCUUGCCGCUGCCGAUUCCACCGACCAAAGUGCCAUCUUCCAACGCCGCCUAGACGCGCAUCACGAGACCGUUAAACUCAUUCAUCUUAAUUUGGCUGCACAGGAGAACAUCACCAGGGCUCUUAUUACAGCACACGCAGAGGUCGGUGUGAAGAAAUACGAUAUCCUGGAGCGCAGACGUCAACGUACUGAGGAGAUCGACGCCCUUGUUCGCUCUGGCGAGGCGUACGACGAACUGCUGCUGAAAUGCGGUGAGGGACAGGCGUUCUACCGUGAUAUUGGCGAGCGUCUUCAGACGUUGCGCUCCGAGCUGGAACAGAUUAACACCGCCAUUGCGCGUCUCGAGCCGAAACAGGCCACCCAGACAACAGUACCCGCUCAGUCUGCGUUCUCCUAUUUGCAACCUCGUUUGGUACCCCAAGAGAAAUCAAAUCCAGUGCGUCCACCCACCCUUCGGGACGUGCUACGAGCUCGGAGCUCAGCGGGCGAGGCCAAGGUCAACCCUACUCAAGUGCUACCACCUCCUGGACCGGGGAGUCAACCCUAUCAGCAACCACCAGCGCAACAGCAGAACGUCAAUUCACCGAGACCGGAUGCCGUGACACGAACGAGUUGGAAGGUAGGCCAGUGGUUCAGAGCAUACAGGUCAAAUGUUCGAUUAAAUUCGACACCAGUCUAUAAGACUCAACCGUCUACAGCGCCGUAUGCUGUCAUCCAAUCACAGGGUGGCAUACCACAGGGUCAAUUUAAACCCCCAGGUUCAACUUCGGCGCCGCAGCAGUAUUCUGGACCCUACUACCAAAGUCCAUAUCUGGCGGGCAUUCAGUAUCUCUCUCGUUCACCUGUCCCACCUUCCACUUAUCAACCGCAACAACAGCAACAAUCACCUGCUUUCGUUUAUCAGCAACAACAGCGAUCUCUGGUUCCGCAGUCUGCUCCUCAGCGUCCAGUUCUGCAGUACCUGAUGUCUGGAUAUCAACAAAUCCCCAGAAUGCCAACUCCACGGGGUCAGGGGCCGACACAAACAGGUCAAAUUCCGCCAUCUGGAGUUCAACCAAUGAUGCCAAACCAGUACAGACCUUCAACUCCGGUCCAAUCCUAUCAAUCACCCCAACCGGAUCAACAACAGAUACAAAAUCUACCAUCUGGAGUUCACCCAGCUAUUUCGGGAAAGUUGAAUCAACAGUAUACAGCCUCAAUUCCACCUCAAGCCUAUGCGUCAACUCAACUAGGUCAACAACCCGUUCUUCAUCCAACUUCUGGUGUCCAACGAACUAUUCCAGCAAUGCCGAACCAACAACAAUACAGAACUCCGACCCCUCCAUUGCAAAUAAGUCAACAAGCAACUCAUAAUCUACUGUCUGGAGUUAAUCCAGCUAUUCCAAGGGCUUCAUAUCAGCAACAGUAUGGAGCUUUAGUUCAAACUCAAACCUAUUUGCCAGCCCAAUCGACUCAGAAUCAACCUUCUGGAGUCCAGUCAGUUGUACCAGGGACAUUGAAUCAACAGCAGCAUGGGUUUUCAACCCCAGUCCAAUCCUAUCCGUCAUCCCAACCAGGCCAACAACCGAUUCAGAACCAAUCAUCUGGUGUUCAACUAGGAAUGCCCAAUCAGCCAAUGAUAUCACAGCAAUACAGAUCUCCAAACACAACCCAGGUCGGUUCGCCUUAUGUUCAGAGGGGACCUCUUUUUGGAGCACCGAUCCAGGGGCAGCCGCCGUAUGGGCAGCAAUAUCCCCAAGGGAUGCCUGUUCAGCAGCCUAGAGGCGCCGCUCCGGUCUCCCAACAGUACUACGUGGCACCACAAUACCCCUACACUCCUCGUGGCUAUCAGCAAGGUGUGACCUACGAUUACGGGUCCUACGGUCAAAACCAAAAUAUACCAACCGCCCAGCCACCAGCGGUUCCGCAAAAUUCGAAUCAACAAAAACAGCAACAGUCAGAGCAUGUCCCCGUAGCUUCACAAAACUUAACUGAAAAUGUCAUUGCUGGCGUUGUCCCAUCUGCUAGUUCAUUAAUUCCACAGCCGGUAGCUUCAGUGCCAACUAGCCAGGAUGUUGUAAAGGAGCCUCCUCCAAAUGAGGUAUCCCCAUCAACGGCAGUGGGCUGCCUGCCCAAACCCGUUGCGUCGUUGGAGGCGAGGAGAGGUUCUGACGUGGACGAGGUGGUCGGUGCUGCCCCAACGGAUCUCGAGAAAGCACCAAUCUCUCCCCAUGUACUCACUCAGGCAGAUCUAGAGAUCCAGAGACGCGAAAAGCAGCUGCGAGCAACCUACGAGGCACCAGCACCUAGUCUUGUUGACUGUGUCACAACUAAGAGUAAGGGUGAAAUCAACACAAGCACUACCACCACGUCAAAUUUGCAUCCCGAUCCGCUAUCUGAUCCUCUUGCACUUAACCGAUUUAUCGACGCAACAGAGCGUCUACUCACUUGGCUAGAGACAAUGAAUGAUCCAUGUAAAGCUGAUGAUGGACCACUUCACCCUCCAUUACCAUCAUCAUCACGGCCACUCAGUCGUCUUGAUCAGGCAUGGUCACGGGUGAAGGAAAUUGCGGCUAGUGCGACUAGCAAGCGACCGACACAAGCUGCUGGCCGCUGUGGCGCGGCAAAAAAUCGACGCCAAGAAUGUAUUCCCUACGAUUCUAAUCGCGUUCAGUUGAAACGUGAUGCUCUCUGCAAAAAAGACGACUACAUAAACGCCAGUCACUUGGAUUUCGCAUCAUCCCUCGGUGAAUGGUGUCCUCGAUACAUUCUAACUCAGGCUCCUCUUCCUACCACUGUCACAGAUUUUUGGAGUAUGAUUUUCGAUCAGGCCUGUGAACUGGUGGUACUAGCACUCCCUCCCCGUAGAAGAACUUCUCUCCUUCCUUCCAGUCUUGAUCCCUCUGAAAGCUAUGCAGAAGGGGCAUAUGGUGAUCUUGGAGACAGUCUUAGAGUUCCUCCUCACCUUCCUCCACUCAAAAUUGGCUCGCGGCUUCAAAUCGGUACUGGGGACUCCGCUUUCGAACUCCGUCUUCAAGCCGUGAAAUUCACUCGUUCCGACGCCCUCUCCCAGCAUCCACCCACCGUGGAUUCAAUCUCCCAAUCCACCUGUAUUGAGCGUAUCCUAACCCUACGAAAUUGCGAUAGCCAACAGACUCGCACAAUUGUCCAUCUCUGCUACUCUGGCAUGGCACCAACUUCAAGUGAUCCCAAUUCCAUUGCCUCAUUCACUGCAUUCGUUCAGACAGCUAUAGGGUUCUAUAAACAACAGAGGAGCCUUAUGCAUCCCAUAGCAGUAGUCUCAGAAGACGGUGGAGGGCUGGGAGGUAUGUUUGUUGCCGCGUCAGCAGCUGUACUUCACGUUGAAGUUCUUGGACGGAUGGGAGAUGUCAGUGAGUUGGUUGGAUGUCUGUGUCAACAACGACGAGGAGCUUACAGCCAGUCUGAACAGCUGGCGGCUACGUGUGCUGUGGUCGGACUAGCUGCUAAGCAGUCUCUAGCUCGGAGGGAUAUUGUCGUCGGGCCGACAUCAAGCAGCAUCCGAAAAGCCUGUAGUAGCGGUGGUGAUACAGCAUUGCUGGAGAAGAUGAAGCAGAAGAAGGCGACGUCCACAGAUGUACCACAGACGGAGACGCAAGAUUUUACCACGUCGUUAUUUUCUGAUCGACAUCUGCAGCUGUCUGAAAUGAUGUCAGCGCUGGGAUUUGCUCCUACUCCUGCUCCUACCCUUCCACAGCCUCCAGAGGAGUUGAAAGUUCAGCCUCCAGAUGCAAUUCCUUCGGCAACGGUAGCAGAAAGCGGAGGUGGAAGCAACGGCGUGUUCGAUGAUUUGCCUUCGCAUUUGGUGAAUCUCUCUUUGACCGAGGGCAGCGCUAAUGGAUCCCCAACUGCAGGACAUAACCGUCGUCACUACCAGGCGCGAGAUUUUGUUGACAAGGCCUACAAGGAGUCGCGUGACAGUCUAUCCGCCGAUCCCAGUAUCUUUGGCGACUUGAAUCCGCUGCAUUCGCAGUCACAACCUCCUGCCAUCUACAUUCUAAGCAAUACCUUAGCGUUGAUUCAUGUGCCGCCGGAUCAGUCGUGGGGAUGGCUGCAGCACUGUGGUCCUGUCCUCGCUGGAGGCUACCGAUACAAUCGUGUCGACCAGUUAAAAUAUCUCGUCUUUUUUUGUGGGUUACAGUCAUCCACCGACUCAGACAUCCACACUCGUCUUCUGACUUUGUUUGAGCCCAAUCUCCCCUUGACGAUACAAACAGCAACCACCGAAUUCGCCCUGAUUUAG